AUGGUUAGCACUGGGCUUCAGUUGCGAUACGUCGACAGUGAAGCAAUGGGGAAGAACAAGAAAUGCAACCAGACAAGUCCAGGUUCUCAGACUCCCCUCAAGCCCCCAAAGCAGCCAAAAAUUGAUGACUGCAUGAUGGACAAGAAACCUUUGCGGAGGCCCGAAGACCCGCCGCCGCCGCGUCCCCGCGAGCCGCCUUCCGACGGACAAAGCCUUCUCGCCGAGUCUUCAGACUCUUCUUCUCGGGGAAGGCGAGCCCAAACCUGCUCGCGAAGGAGAUGCGUCCGUCGUCCGGGAGGUACCGCCAGGUCCGAGGAGGAGCUCCAAGGAGGCACAGAAGCGGAAGGCCCGAAUGGAGGGGCUUCCCACCGCCUUUCCCCGCAGAGGAAACACUUUGCGACGGGAUCCGGAGGCGCUGAGCACGGCGGGUGUCUUGGAGGAGCUGGCAGCCACCCAGAGGACGAGGAGGAGGACGAGGAGGACGGCGACGAGGGCGAAGAAGGCAAGCGCGGCGGCAAGUACUCCAAAGCUCUCUCUGAGGAAGACGAAGUGAUGUCGUCAGCGGGCGCCCCGGCCCCGAUGGCGGCUUCGACGGCCCAGAAGCCCCGCAAAAAGCGCUCGCGGGCGGCCUUUUCUCAUGCGCAGGUCUUCGAGCUGGAGCGGCGCUUCAAUCACCAGCGCUACCUCUCUGGACCCGAGCGCGCCGACCUGGCUGCCUCACUCAAGCUCACCGCGACGCAGGGGAAAAUCUGGCUCCAGAACCGGCGCUACAAGACGAAGCGGCGCCAGCUGGCCGCGGACCUGCUGUCCGCCGCGCCCGCAGCCAAGAAGGUGGCGGUCAAGGUGCUAGUCCGCGACGACCAGAGGCAAUAUCACCCGGGCGAGGUGCUCCGGCCGCCUCCCCUCUUCUCCUUCCAGCCUUCUUAUUACUAUCCCUAUUACUGCCUGCCGGGCUGGGCCCUUUCCGCCUGUGCCGCCGCCGCCGCCGCCGCCGCCGGGGGCAUCCAGUGAGGCUCGGGUCCCGGAAUCCCAGCCUCUCCAGUGCCCGAAGGCCAGCGGGUGGGUGGAAGUGAGGGAGGCAAGGAAGGAAUGGAAGCGCUGUCGGGGGAAAGCUUGGGACCUGUCUCCAAGACAAGGCCCGGUUCUUCCGGCUGCUUCUGCUUUUCUGGCGCUGCGUCUCCCGCCUCCUUUCUUGCUUCAAAACUAUCCGAACGCCGCCAGAACAGAGUCGACCCCCCCCCGCCGCCCCCGCUGAACAAUCGAGUUUUUUUCAGGGCAACCAAGCGGACCGUUUUCCUGCUCCAACGCUUCCGAGGAAAUCGGGCAGUGCCCGAGCGGCGCGAUACGCGUCUUCCGUUCACUCUGACCGGGCUGUGCAGGAGAGCUUCCCCGCGGCUUCCCGCCCUGUGAUCUGACUUUCUCGCAGUUAUGGGGAGCAAUCUGGGAGAUAAUAUGAUUUUAGCACUUUUUGGUUGUAUUAAAAUUGUUGUUGUGAUUAUAAUAAUUAUUUUUAUAUUCAGUGUGAAUUUUAUACUCGGGCCUUUGGAGAAAAGAAAAACGUUAUGGUGGGAAUGUUCAUGCCAUUUGGUGCCUGUUUUUGCCUUUCUUCCUCCCAUUUCCCAGUAAAUGUCCUCCUUUUUUAGGUGGAGAGCUGCAAUCAACCAUGACAAUUUACUUCCAUUGAAUUGUGAAUAUUUGUUUGUCCAUCCCUUCCCUGUACUCU